UCAUUACUUGAAAGCACACCGUACGGUAGAGGGGGCCAUAGCAGAAAGCUCUCAGUCUGACUCUGCUGUGUCUACCCGUAACAGCCUGGUACAAGUGAAUCCAGACCGUUUUCAGAAGCCCCGCUUUAGCACGGAACAAAGUUAUCCCGGAAUAAGGACAGCACGCAUGUGCCGUCAACCCGGAUGUACAUAUCUUUGUUCGGUCUAUUCCCCCCUCUCGCCAACUUGUUACAUAUUUUCUCCGUAUAAUGCAUUACACAUCUUAGAACCGACUAUAUAAAGCUUUAGCAAUCCAAACCAGUCCAAACCGGGUUAACCACCCGGGACAUAAGGCGACUUAUGUGGAUGACACUGCAUCGGGGCGGCAGUUUCAUAACAAUCUGGUUCCGAACAGCUGCACGUAUUAUUCACGAGUACGUCCUGUAACUUGGAGCAUGGACUUUCGAGGGAGGAGGCACGAGCGAGGCAGCAACUGGACCGACCCGGAGAUAGUGGAGCUGCUGCAGCUGUGGUCAGAUGAGUCUGUGCAGAUUGAACUGGAGAGCUCCCUGCGAAACCAGCGUGUAUUUGACCGCAUAGCCAACAUUCUGCGGGAAAAGGGCAUCUAUCGUACCGGGGACCAGUGCAGGGAAAAGAUAAAAAAGAUGAAGCUGGAGUACCGUCGCAUUAAAGAUAAUCACAAAACAAGGUCAUGGAAGUUUUAUGAUGUGAUGGAUAGGGUGCUGGCGAACCGACCAGCUAUUACCUACUCCUCCUUGGGGGGAGCUGUCAUAGCCCAACAUGUGUUUCAAAGCCCGGGUGGGUCUGACUCAUUCCUGCAGGGGGUCCCAACAGUCACCUUUGGGUCUUCUUCCUCAGGGGGGUUUCUGUUUGGUCAUCCCCCAAAACCAGGAGAUCCGUUGGACAUUAAAUGUGAAGAUGUGGAGGAGAGCAUGCUGAAUUCAGGUGUUGCCCCCCCUGACAUGUACUAUGGGUCAGGAGAUGAACAGGAAACUGAUGGGCAGUCUCUACUGGGGCAAGAGGACUCUCCGGGCCGAGGGGAGAGCUCCACAAAUGCAAGGAUCUCCCCCUCAGGUUUUAGCGACCUGAACACUGCCGGUCCUGCCACCCAGGCUGUUGGUGGUGAUCAUGCGCCAAGGGACACUUCUGAGCUGCCCAGUCAAAAUGGCCCUCAUACCCCAUCUUCUGUGAGACAGAGGAAGCGUCGCCUUUAUGGCAAAUCAUCAUGGGGCCUUGGGGGUGCUAGAUGCAGCGGUCAAAGGAGCCUGGAUAAGGCCUUGGCCAACUUCCUGACCUGGCAGCAGUCAGCAGAGGAGCGCCUUCUCACCCUGGAGGAAGCGCGUCUGGAUAGAGAGCUGCAAGCCGAGGAGCGCAGAGAACAGCGGGAGGAGAAGAGGGCAGAACAGGAGCGCCAGCACGAGCUCCGCCUGUUCAGCAUGCUCACAGGGGCAUUGGUUGCUGUCAGACAGGCCGCUCCCACCGCUGCGACAACACCGAAUGACCCCUCCUGCUCACCCCUACCUCAUCUGUCAGCCUUACUGGUGACCACAACCGCCCCUUCUGUCUCAUCAUCUUUAUCUCAGCUGCCUUCAGAAGCUCCCACGACGCUGGCUGCUUCCACUCAGGAAAUGAUAAAGUCAAUACCGCCUACAUCUGUCAAGCCCUGCAAAAUGUCCCAGAAUGUUUUGGCAAUAGAGAGAGGAGCAGGAACUCUUGGCUCUAGCCUAUACCUGUCCAACCGUGGUAACAUGAUCCGACAGCAUCAGGGCAUCCUCCAGCAGGGGUUUGCUCAAUAUGGAUUGGACAAACACCACGACAGAGAUAACCCCGAUGGUAUAAUCAACAUGGGUACCAGUGAGAACAAACUAUGCAAUGAUCUUCUUCUGACGCGGCUGACCAGGCCUGAAAUGCUACACAUUGACCCAUCAUUGUUGCAGUAUUCAGACUGGAGGGGACAUGCAUUCCUAAGAGAGGAGGUCGCAAAGUUCCUUACUCACUACUGCAGUUCUCCAAACCCACUGAAGGCUGACAACGUUGUGGUGAUGAAUGGCUGUGGUUCCCUCUUCUCGUGUAUCGCUGCGGUAAUUUGUGACCCUCAAGGCAGCUACACAAAUAGCUCUUUAAGCCUGAAAAGUGGACCAGUUACUACAAACGUUCAUGAUGCCGUUCUUAUUUCUACUCCUUUCUACGGUGUUAUAACUGAAGAUUUACAAUUGUAUAGUGAUGUGAAACUCUUCCAUGUCCCUCUCGACUGUGAGGGUGAUGGCGAAGACAGUCGGCCGUUCCAACUUACUGUGAGCAAACUAGAAGAAGGUUUAGAGAGGGCUAAACAAGAGGGUUUAACCAUCCGAGCUGUUAUCCUGAUGAACCCCCACAAUCCUCUGGCUGAGAUCUACACCCCGGAAGAGAUGAUUGGCUUCUUGGAGUUUGCCAAAAGAAAUGAGCUCCACGCUAUCGUGGACGAAGUGUACAUGCUGUCGGUCUUUGAUGAAUCUGUCGCCUUUCACAGUGUCCUCAGUAUAGACAGUUUGCCCGACCCUCAGAGGACACACGUACUGUGGGGGAUGACCAAGGACUUUGCUUUGGCAGGAUUCAGAAUAGGCACUCUGUACACUGAGAACAGAGACCUGGUGGAGGCUUUGGCUCAGCUGGGCGCCUUCCACGGUAUCUCUGGAACCACACAGCGCCAGGUAGCUCAACUGCUUCAGGACAGAGAGUGGAUCAACGAGGAAUUUCUGCCGAAGAACAGGUGCAGACUGAAAGCCGCUCACAGCUACCUGACAGGAGAGCUGCAGAGUAUGGGCAUCCCCUACCUGGACCGACCUGCUGCGCUCUACGUCUGGGCUGACCUCAGAAAGUACCUCAGAGAGCCGUCAUUUGAGGAGGAGCUUUCCCUGUGGAGGCGUUUCCUCCAACAUAAGGUGGUGUUGAGCGCUGGUCAGGCCUUCUACUGCUCAACACCCGGCUGGUUCCGCAUUGUCUUCUCCGACCAACAGCACCACCUUCAGCUCGGUUUGAAGCGAAUGAAUGCGGCCUUGAGCGAAAUUGAAGAAAAAAACAUCAGCCCUGAUUCCCUCUCUGUCAAAGCGGCCAGUGAGGAGAGCCAACAACCAAAGAGAGAGGACGGUGCCGAUUCAGACAAGGCUGCCGUUGUCAACUCAACAUCAUCACCUCAGAGCAAGUCAUCGGAGCAGCCCAAGGAGAAGGAUAGCUCUGUGCCUGACACAGACCCGCUGGACACGGAGGAUUUAGUGUUGCUGGACCGCGAGGCAUCAAAGCCCGCGGACAGCCUGGACUCUCUGAUUGGCACCCUCAGGAACCAGAUCCAUUCAUCCGAUUGGCUGGAGAAAAACACUCCGGAGCUGUCUGCUGGGGAGGACCCAGAGAUUCUUGAUGUAUUCAAGGCCCUGCUGCAAAGAGCCGGGAAGUAAGCUUUGGAUAAACAUGCACAAACGUAGCUGCCAGCUUUCAAGAGGCAGUACUUCACCCUCCUCCUUAGUCCCUGCGUUUACAGUGAACAGCUUGACACCUGACUAAAGAGGAGAAACCUUCUGAAACUCGAGGCCUUACAUUUUAUCUGCUAAAGAAAAACAACCUUUUGUUAUUUGUAAUCCACGCUGAAACGAUGUUAGUCUUUUUACAAAUCUAAAUGAAUGCCAAAUGUUAAUCAACCAAAAUCAGUUAUGUUGUACUGUUUAACAUUUUGAUCGUACUCUUUAUUAUUUGGUCAUACAGUAUGCACUUUAUUUUAUCAGAAUGAAUAUCUUUAUAGUUAAUGAUCUGUGAUUAAAGGAAUGAACUAGUAUGUCUUAA